CAGAGAAACAAAGAAUCGAUUCGGACCCAACUGUAUGUGAUUCGUUUUGACAAGAAGCGAUGAUGAGAGGAUCUACGAUCCUCCUCUGUCGCGCUUCUCUUUCUUACCGUCUUCGUUCUGAUUAUCAUCAUCGUCCUCACCAGAGUUUCUCCAAUUUCAUUAAACGUAACUCAACUCGGAGAUCACUACCAGCUAUCAAUGCGUUCCUCUCCGAUCCAUCUCCAUCUCCGGUCAACGCACGAGUUUCGUUCUUCUCCACGUCAGCUUCAACUCCAAAUCAAGAUCCAACCACCUCUAAAUCUCAUAAACAAAUCAGCACGACGUCGGCUGAGAAGAUCCUCCGCACGAUUUCGAGCUAUCUAUGGAUGAAAGAUGACCGAGAGCUACGCUUCAGAGUCGUCGCUGCUUUAGCGUGUCUCGUGGGAGCUAAGUUCUUGAACGUUCAAGUUCCUUUCCUCUUCAAGUUAGCUAUCGAUUUACUCUCUUCAUCUUCAUCUUCAAUCGCUAAUUCAAAUCCUUAUCUACUUGCUGCUAUGGCUACUCCUACUUCGGUCCUCAUUGGCUAUGGCAUUGCUCGAUCUGGAUCUUCUGCUUUCAACGAGCUUCGUUCUGCUGUUUUCUCCAAAGUAUCUCUCCGCACCAUACGAUCCGUAUCACGAAAAGUUCUAUCGCAUUUACACGAUCUUGAUCUUCGUUACCAUCUGAAUCGUGAAACAGGUGCGUUGAACAGAAUCAUCGACCGUGGUAGCAGAGCGAUCAACACGAUCCUCUCAGCUAUGGUUUUCAAUGUUGUUCCAACGAUCUUGGAGAUAGCUAUGGUCUCAGGUAUAUUAGCAUACAAUUUCGGAGCUGUUUUUGCGUUGAUUACUUGUCUCUCUGUUGGAUCAUACAUAGCUUUCACAUUGGCUGUGACGCAGAGGAGAACCAAGUUUAGAAAAGCCAUGAACAAAGCUGAUAAUGAUGCUAGCACAAGAGCUAUAGAUUCUCUUGUAAACUACGAGACUGUUAAGUAUUUCAACAACGAAGACUACGAAGCGAGAAAGUACGAUGAGUUGCUUGGAAGAUACGAAGACGCUGCCUUGCGAACUCAGAAGAGUCUUGCCUUUUUAGAUUUUGGACAGAGUUUCAUAUUUAGUACAGCUUUGUCAACAUCAAUGGUGUUGUGUUCUCAAGGGAUUAUGAAUGGUCAGAUGACAGUUGGUGAUUUGGUGAUGGUGAAUGGUCUUCUCUUUCAAUUGUCUCUUCCUCUUUACUUUCUCGGUGGUGUUUACCGCGAAACCGUUCAGAGCCUUGUGGACAUGAAAUCAAUGUUCCAGUUGCUAGAGGAGAGAUCCCAUAUCGGAGAUAAAGAUAUAGACACAAAGCUCCCUUCUCUUUUUCUGAAAGGUGGAAGCAUUAGUUUUGAGAAUGUACAUUUUAGUUAUGUCCCGGAGAGAAAGAUCUUGGAUGGGAUUUCAUUCGAGGUACCGGCAGGGAAAAGUGUCGCGUUUGUCGGUAGCAGCGGAAGCGGUAAAUCGACGAUUCUUAGGAUGAUAUUCCGAUUUUUCGACACAGAUGCCGGAAAUGUAAAGAUUGAUGGUCAAGAUAUAAAGGAAGUGAGACUAGAGAGUCUUCGUAGCUCCAUUGGAGUUGUCCCUCAAGAUACCGUGCUCUUCAAUGACACAAUAUUUCACAACAUUCACUAUGGAAACCUUUCAGCAACAGAGGAAGAAGUAUACGAUGCAGCUCGGCGAGCAGCAAUUCACGAUACCAUAAUGAGAUUCCCGGAUAAAUAUUCGACCGCGGUGGGAGAAAGAGGACUGAUGCUGAGUGGUGGGGAGAAACAAAGAGUGGCACUCGCUCGUGCCUUUCUGAAAUCACCAGCGAUUCUAUUGUGUGACGAAGCGACAAGCUCACUCGACAGUACAACCGAGGCAGAGAUAAUGAAAACGCUCAGGUCACUAGCGAGUAACAGGACUUGCGUUUUCAUUGCACAUAGACUGACCACUGCGAUGCAAUGCGAUGAGAUAAUAGUCAUUGAGAAAGGGAAAGUGGUGGAGAAGGGGACACACGAAGUGUUGUUGAGGAAAUCAGGAAGAUACGCCAAAUUGUGGACACAACAAAACAGUAUAUAAGAGGUAGCUUAAGUGUUAACCUUAACGAUACUAGUUUUAGGCUUAUAACUUCCAUUGAGUUUUGUUUUGGGUUUACCUGUUUUACACUAUUUUUUUAAGUCAUCUGUGAUUCUGUGUAGAUAUAAUUAAUAAGUUGGAGCCUUGUUGACAAAGAAAGGAAUACAUAUUUGUAAACUGAA